AGGGUAUACGUGUAAUGCCAAUUUCAUUUUACCUAAUUUCAAUAACUCUAAAACCCUAAACCCUUUCUCAGAUUUCAUUUGCCUCCACAAAAACCUAAAACUUCUCUCUCCCAAAAUACCAAAACCCUGCGUAGUAAUGAAAAAGCCCAAAUCCAAAAACCUCCGCAAGCAGAACCGCCUAUCAGAAGUCGAAGAAAUCCAGCUUCUGACCUCAUGGAUCCAAUCCGGGAAACCCGACUCGGGUUCCAACCCCAUGUCGCUGCCUCCACUGCCCCACUCGCCCGUCGGUCGAAUCGACGACGCUUCUUUUUCUCGUUACGCCGGUGCCACGAGGUUCGACCAGCUACCGAUUUCGAAGAAUACUAGAGAUGGUUUGCGCAAGGCUGGGUACGUCGAGAUGACCGAUAUCCAGAGGGCUUCCCUGCCGCAUGCGCUCUGCGAGAGGGAUAUUCUUGGCGCGGCCAAAACCGGGUCAGGAAAGACUCUGGCUUUUGUUAUUCCGGUUUUGGAGAAGUUAUAUAAAGAGAGAUGGGGUCCUGAGGAUGGGGUAGGCAGCAUCAUUAUAUCUCCUACACGGGAAUUAGCAGGUCAACUUUUUGACGUGUUGAAAUCUGUAGGGAAGCACCAUAAUUUUAGUGCCGGCCUCCUAAUUGGUGGACGCAAGGAUGUUAACGCAGAGAAGGAGCGCGUAAAUGAGCUGAACGUAUUGGUUUGCACUCCUGGUCGUCUUCUUCAGCACAUGGAUGAGACUCCAAACUUUGAAUGUUCCCAGCUUCAGGUUUUGGUCCUUGAUGAGGCAGAUCGAAUUCUUGACGUAGGAUUCAAGAAGGCUUUAAAUGCUAUUGUCUCGCAGCUACCUAAGAGUAGACAAACAUUGCUAUUCUCAGCAACUCAAACGAAGUCGGUUCAGGAUCUUGCAAGACUGAGUUUGAAGGACCCAGAGUAUUUGAGCGUGCAUGAGGAGUCUGUGACUGCCACUCCCAACCGCCUGCAGCAAACGGCAAUGGUUGUUCCGCUUGAUGAAAAGCUAGACAUGUUGUGGAGUUUCAUAAAGGCACAUCUUAAUUCAAAGAUCCUAGUGUUUCUUUCAAGCUGUAAACAGGUAAAAUUCGUCUUUGAAGCUUUCAAGAAACUGCGCCCUGGAAUACCCUUGAAGUGUCUUCAUGGGAGGAUGAAGCAGGAAAGAAGGAUGGGGAUAUACUCCCAGUUUUGUGAGAAGCGCUCAGUGCUUUUUUCAACUGAUGUGGCCUCAAGAGGCCUUGAUUUUAAUAAGGCAGUUGACUGGGUUGUCCAGGCUGAUUGUCCAGAAGAUGUUGCAACUUACAUACACAGAGUUGGUCGCACUGCUCGUUAUCAUUCUGGAGGGAGGUCUGUUUUAUUUCUGUUGCCCUCAGAAAUGAAAAUGCUUGAGAAAUUACAAGCAGCCAAAGUACCCAUACAGUUUAUUAAGGCAAACAAAAAAAGAGUACAACCUGUUUCUGGCUUGUUGUCUGCAUUACUAGUCAAGUACCCAGAUUUGCAGUAUUCGGCACAAAGGACCUUUGUGACAUAUUUGCGGUCUAUUCAUAUUCAGAAAGAUAAAGAAAUUUUUGAUGCGAUGAAACUGCCUAUUGAUGAAUUUUCAGCGUCAUUGGGUCUACCAAUGACUCCAAAAAUCCGUUUCUUGAAGCAGAAAAUAAAGUCAACAAAAGUGUCAGAGAACUCUGCUGUUGUUGAAAUAGAAAACUCUGACAAAGAGAAUGUUCUGGAGAUUCCAAAAGAGAAGCUAGAUGUUGGCCAUAUAGAUGUUGAGGAAGUAAACAAGGACUUUCUCCUGACGAAGGACACGCCCAACAAAGAAGAAGGGAAAAUAAGUGAAAUUGGAGAUGUUAGGCCUACAACACGGAUUUCAAAGAAAAAGAAAUUGAAGAUUAAUGUACAUAGACCAACGGGUACUAGGGUCGUAUUUGAUGAAGAAGGCAAUGCACUACCCCCGCUUGCCAGGGUGGCUGAAGCACAAAGCGGCAAUCAUGCAUUCCUGAUUGACCAAGGAAAAAAGAAUGAAUAUUAUAACAAGAUGAGGGAAGAGUUGAAGCAGGUGGACAAAGAAGACAAGCUACUAGAGCGCCAGCGCCUUAGAGAAAAACGGAUUAAGGAGAAGAUGAAGUUGAAAAGAGGACAUUCGGAAGACGAGGCUGAUGAGGAAGAACUUUCUGGGUCAGAAGAGGAAGCAACUGGAAUCAGACCCCAUAAAAAGUCGAAGAUAUACUAUGAUAGUGAUAGCGAUGAUGGUGAGAUAAAAGAAAAGAAGGAUUCCAUGUCCCUGGAGGAGCAAGAAGCACUGGCUCUUAAAUUACUAAACUCCAUGCACUCAUAGGAUCUCUUACAAAUUUAAGCUGUAAGAGGUUUUGGUGGAAAUAGAAUGUAUUGGCCCUUUCUAUCUUUUUAAUUAUGGGCAAGGAUAUUCUUCUUUAGUUGGUUGAAUCGCUUGUAUACAAGUCAUUUUUCUUUGGAAAUGGUUAAGUAGGAGGCUAGGAGCAGUAUUGGUGCAUGCUCUGGCACGGAUGA